CCAGGCUUCAGACCCCCGGCGCGGCCCGCACGGCAGGGCCCUCAGGUGCUGGGAUUCGAAGAGUGCACUACCUGUUUCUUUCUUUUUUUCUUUGCCAUGUUAAGGAUGGAAUCCAGACUCCAAGCACACUAGCCAAGAGCGCUUUAGCAACCGAGCCACAGCCCAGCCCUAUAAUCUUCAGUUAAGGAAAAGUUAACUACUGUAUACAACCUGUGAUCUAGUUGAAUGUUGCUGGUCCUUUACAUGAAGAAUGGCUCAAGUAGCGGUGUCCACCCAGCCCGUUGGCGAUGAGUCCUCAGACAGCAGGAUGGUGGUGACGUUCCUCAUGUCUGCCCUGGAGUCCAUGUGUAAAGAGCUGGCCAAGUCCAAGGCUGAGGUGGCCUGCAUCGCUGUGUAUGAGACAGACGUGUACGUGGUGGGGACAGAGCGAGGCUGUGCCUUUGUCAACGCCAGACAGGAUCUCCAGAAAGACUUUGCACAGCACUGCCAGGGGGAAGGCCUGCCUGAAGAGAAGCCACUAUGUCUGGAAAAUGGGGCAGCCUGCUCUGGAGAAGCCCAGCUGCUCAGGAGAGCGGUGCAGGACCAUUUCUGCCUUUGUUACCGGAAAGCACUGGGGACAACAGCCAUGGUCCCUGUUCCCUAUGAGCAGAUGCUUCAGGACAAGGCAGCUGUGGUGGUUCAGGGCCUUCCGGAAGGCCUGGCCUUCCAGCACCCUGACAAUUACAGCCUUGCGACCCUGAAGUGGAUUCUGGAGAACAGAGCAGGGAUCUCAUUCGUCAUAAAGAGACCUUUCCUAGGUACAGAGAACCAGCUGGGUGGUCUUGGGAUGGUGACAGAUGCCGAGAGGCCGGCAGUACCACCAAAUGACAGCUAUGGUCCCGUCAGUGUGAAGACUGAGCCCAUUGAAGAUUCUGGCACAUCACCAAAGGCAGCAGCCGUGCUAAUCAAGACAGAGUCAGAAGAUCCGAAUUACCAUCCAUGUAACGUGCAAGGAAGCCAGCAUUCUUCCGCCAGCAGUGAUGUCAUCGAAAUGGAACUACCUUCUGAAGAGUCUACUCCGAUGGUCUCUUCAGAGACCAGUGAGGAUCCUGAGGCUGAGGUGAAAACGGAAGGAAAUGCAAAUCCAUCCAACAUUGUAAACUCUGCGGCAGGUGUUGAAGAUCUUAGGAUCAUACAGGUGACAGUCCCAGAUAAUGAGAAGGAGAGGCUGUCAGGCCUCGAAAAAAUUAAGCAGCUUCGAGAACAAGUGAACGACCUCUUCAGCCGCAAGUUUGGGGAGGCGAUCGGAGUGGACUUCCCCGUGAAGGUUCCCUACAGGAAAAUCACCUUCAACCCCGGCUGUGUGGUGAUCGACGGCAUGCCCCCGGGGGUGGUGUUCAAAGCCCCUGGGUACCUCGAGAUCAGUUCCAUGAAAAGGAUCUUGGAUGCUGCAGACUUCAUCAAAUUCACCGUCAUUAGACCACUUCCUGGACUUGAACUCAGUAAUGUGGGGAAACGGAAGAUAGACCAGGAGGGCCGCGUGUUUCAAGAAAAGUGGGAGCGAGCAUAUUUCUUCGUGGAGGUGCAGAACAUCCCCACGUGUUUGAUCUGCAAGCAGAGCGUGUCAGUGUCCAAGGAGUACAACCUGCGCCGCCACUACCAGACCAACCACAGCCGGCACUACGACCAGUACUCGGGGCAGGCGCGGGAAGAGAAGCUUCGAGAGCUGAAAAAGGGACUGCGGAAGUAUCUCCUGGGGGCCUCGGAGAUCGUGUGUCCUGAGCAAACAUUCUUGAAUGCAAGUCCGCCCACGAACCCCGUGCAGCCGGUGGAAGAGGUGGCCGGGAGCUUAUGGGAGAAGUUACGACAGAAAAUCCGCUCGUUUGUGGCGUACUCCAUAGCCAUCGAUGAGAUUACGGAUAUCAAUGACACCACCCAGCUGGCCAUCUUCAUCCGCGGCGUCGACGAUAACUUCGACGUGUCCGAGGAACUUUUGGACACUGUGCCCAUGACAGGUGCCAAAUCCGGGAAUGAGAUAUUCCUGCGCGUGGAGAAGAGUCUCAAGAGGUUCAACAUCGAUUGGUCCAAGCUGGUGAGUGUGGCCUCCACGGGCACGCCGGCCAUGGUGGAUGCCAACAGCGGGCUGGUGACGAAGCUCAGAGCCAGGGCAGCCUCAUGUUGCAAGGGAGCCGACCUCAAGUCCAUGCGCUGUAUCAUUCACCCCGAGUGGCUGUGCGCCCAGAAGUUAAGGAUGGGCCACGUCAUGGACGUGGUGGUAGACUCGGUGAACUGGAUCUGCUCCCGUGGCCUGAACCACGGCGACUUCACGACACUGCUCUACGAGCUGGACAGUCAGUAUGGCAGCCUACUGUACCACACGGCCCUCAAAUGGCUGGGCCGAGGGCUGGUCCUCAGGAGGUUCUUCGAAUCCUUGGAGGAAAUAGACUCCUUCAUGUCUUCCCGGGGCAAACCUGUGCCCCAGCUCAGCUCUCAGGACUGGAUCCUGGACCUGGCCUUCCUAGUGGACAUGACAACGCACCUCAAUACACUGGAUGCCUCCCUCCAAGGCCAUUCACAGAUCGUGACCCAGAUGUAUGAUUUCAUCCGGGCCUUCCUAGCGAAACUGUGCCUCUGGGAGACGCAUCUGGCCAGGAACAACCUGGCCCACUUCCCCACACUGAAAUCGGUUUCCCGGAGUGAGAGCGACGGGCUCAACUACAUCCCCAAGAUCGUAGAACUGAAGGCCGAGUUCCAGAAGCGCCUGACGGAUUUCAAAUCGUGUGAGAGCGAGCUGUCCCUGUUCAGCUCCCCAUUCUCCAUCAAGGUUGACAGCGUGCGCGAGGAGCUCCAGAUGGAGGUGAUCGACCUGCAGUGCAACACGGUGCUGAGGACCAAGUACGACAAGGUGGGCAUCCCGGACUUCUACAAGCACCUCUGGAGCAGUUACCCCAGAUACAGGAGCCACUGUGCCAAGAUGCUGUCCAUGUUCAGCAGCACCCACAUCUGCGAACAGCUCUUCUCCAUCAUGAAGCUGAGCAAGAAGGACGCGCAGUGGGGCUCGGCGCUCCCGGGAGCGGAGGGCGGGAGCCCGCCAUCCGAGUACCGGGGAGGCCAAGGCAGGAGGAUCUGAGUUUGAGUUUGAGGUCAGCCUGGCUCCCUAUCAAGACCCCAUUUCAAUAAAGAGAAAUUGCUGGAAGAGAAAAGGAAGGAAAUCUGGCCAUUCCUCUAUGUGGAGACCCAGAACGUUCCAGACCUAAUAGGCUGUGAGACCAGAACAACAGACUGUUAAACCCCUCGGUUUAAUAAAAACAAUGUUCCCUUUCCCCCCACUUUGAGUUGGAAUCCUAAUUUACACAUCACACUUGUUCGGGUGACCUUUGUAGUUCGGUUCAGUAAAGCCGGUAACUGUUGUAGGUCCAGUUGUUGGCUCCCCUUGGCUUCGCUGAGCUGUGCCACUCACCCAGGCUGUACCGUUUGAAUAAACCCACUGUGAAAGCUG